AUGCUUUCCUCUAAUCACUUCAAUGGAAGCUUGCCCUCGCAACUAUGUGAUCUAAUAUACAUUCAAAUUUUGGAUGUCUCUGUGAACAACAUAUCUGGAGGAAUACCGAACUGCCUAAAAAAGUUGACCACUCUGGCUCAGAAAGGAAAUUCAUUUCUAACCGUCCAACAUGCUUACUCGAGAAUUGCUGAUCAACCAUCAUCCUGGGAGGAUCUUUAUGAGGACGAUGAAAUCUUCAUAUGGAAAGAAAGCAUGCGGGUUUACAGGAAUACUUUGGGGCUUGUGAGAAGUAUUGAUUUCUCAAGCAAUAGAUUGACUGGGGAGAUUCCGAACGAAAUCAGUCGUCUUGUUGGCUUGGUUUCUUUAAACCUUUCUAGAAACCAACUUACAGGUCAAAUUACUCCAGACAUUGGAAAAUUGGAGUCCUUGGAUUCACUCGAUUUGUCAAGAAAUCAUAUAGACGGAAGAAUUCCAACAAGCCUUGCUCGGAUAAGUCGUCUUGGUGUCUUGGACUUGUCACACAACUUGGUUGGAAAGAUUCCAACUGGCACCCAGCUCCAAAGUUUUGAUCCCUCUGUUUAUGCUGGAAAUCCACAGCUCUGUGGACCUCCACUUCAAAAUCUGUGUGAUAUCGAAGAAAUGGGUCCAGAUCAAGUUAGUAACGAAGAAGACAAAGAUGAUCAACUUACACGCUACGGAUUGUACAUCAGCAUGGGGCUCGGGUUUUUUGUUGGAUUUUGGGGAGUUAGUGGAAGUCUGAUAUUCAUAUGGGGAUGGAGGUACACAUACUUCAAGUUCUUGAAUUCGCUAAAUGAUUGGCUUUAUGUGCGGGUAGUGUUGAUCAAGCGGAAAUUAACGGAUGCUUAAUAGAUAAGCUGUAAUUUGCGUCGCUCCAGGCAUCUUCUUCACUUCAGUUCAACUGCGUGGCUUCUAUACCGAGAUUGCAGAAAUGGACCAGGGAUAUGUUUUCCUUGGUAAAUGAUUUGAUACCGUGCCUCGUUUGUAAGAACUUUAAUUCAUUGGGACUUCUCCAAGCAACUGUUUUUUUCUGUGAAUAUUGUUAGGAAAGAUAUUAUUGUAAGUUGAUUUUUA